GCACGCAGAGCCGACGCAGCAGGACCAGCUGCUUGCACAGGAGGACAGGCGGCCUUCACGGCUCCCAGCGAACCCGGUUCCACCACUGGCUGCUGGCCACGUUACCGUGGAGGCUUCCCAGCUGGAAGCUCCCCCUUCGGCACAGCAUUCUGCAUCCGCGCAAAUUGGGGCCAAGAAGGAGGAGCAGAUGCUCACACAGGAGGAGAGACGGCCUUCACGUCUCCAGGCGAAUCGGGAUCCACUGGCUGCGGGCAACGCUUCAGUGGAGGAGGCUUCGCAGUUGGACCUUCUUCCUUCGGCACAACCGUCUGCAUCCACAUCCAGACACACAGAGACCAAGAAGAAGGGGCAGAUGCUCGAACAGGAGGAGAGGCGCCCCUCACGUCUCCAGGCGAAACAGGAUCCACUGGCUGUCAGCGUGCCAGUGGAGGCUUCCCAGCUGGAAAUUCCUCCGUCGGCACAGCCAUCUGCGUCCAUGCACAUGGAGGCCAAGAAGGAGGAGCAGAUGCUCACACGGGAGGAGAGGCGGCCUUCACGUCUCCAGGCUGUUAGUGCUUCAGCAGAGGAGCUGGAAACUGCCCUUUCGGCACAGCCAUCUGCAUCCAGGCUGCUUGCACAGGAGGAAAGGCGGCCAUCACACCUGCUCGCGAAGCAGGAUCCAUUGUCUUCUGGCAACAUUCCCGUGCAGGAGGAUUCCCAGCUGGAAAUUCCGCCGUCGGCAGAGCCAUCUGGGCCCACGAACAUAGAAGCCAAGAAGGAGGAGCAUAUGCUCGCGCAGGACGAGAGACGGCCUUCACGUCUCCAGGCGAAUCGGGAUCCACUGGCUGCUGGCAACGCUUCAGCGGAGGAGGCUUCGCAGUUGGACCUGCUUCCUUCCGCACAGUCUUUUGCAUCCAGAUCCAGGCACAUAGACAUAGAGACCAAGAAGGAGGAGCAGGUGCACGCACGGGAGGAGAGGCGGCUUCCAUCUUCCCAGGCAGAACAGGAUCCACUGGUUGUUGGGGACAUUCCUUUGGAGGUGGCUACCGAGCUGGAGACUCCACCGAGGCGACCCUCGAUGCACGCAGUGAACCUUGGUGAUGAGACGUCCUGGAAGGCCACCGGUGCUCCAUGUCGACCUCCCCAAACCACUCUUCUCAAGAUGUCCAAUAACAUUGAGAUGCUGCCGGAACCUCGCAACACAGCCUCUACUCAAGGCUUUGCUAAAGGACUCGACGCCUUGGAGGCGCAGGAGGAGGGUUUGGCAGACACCACCGGCCUCUUCCGCAGCCGUCCCAAUCAUAAAAACAGUGAUCAGCAUCGAGGUUGCUGUGACGUCCAGCCUGCGAAGGCCAGCAAGCGGCAGUCUGCAAAGCCAUCCAAGAUGGACCUAGGCCCUAAGUCCUUUGCCGCGCACACUGGGCCAAAGGAAGACGAGGUGGCCAGGGAACUUGAGGGAGUAAGCAGCAGUGUUCCUGCCUUGGACAUGACUCUUCAAGCAUUUCGGCGCAAGCGCCUGCUCGCAUACGCGGCGUGGAUAUAUUCGAUGGAAAAGACCUUCUGCCUUCUUGGAGGCUAUCUGCUCGCUCCUCCACCUGCUGUGCCAGACGUGCAGAAGUCUUCUCCAAACACCCUGCUAGCUGGAGAUGUUGAUGUACCACAUAUUGCUCUUGCAGCUUUCGAAUACUCAGUGGCUCCCUACCGCAACAAGCUGAAGCGUAUCGUCGAAGAGCUUGGGGUCCGAAAAGACCAGGAAGUAGACGAGCAGAUGAAGUCCGCCUUCUCCCGCAUUGAAAGACAGGUGGGCUAUGUUAUAGCUCAAUGGGACCGGUUCAUAGAACAGUGUAAGACUUAUGCCAUCAAGGCAGUCGAUUCUCCGGAGGGCAGAGCCAUCUGCACAGUUUCGAAGAUGAGGUGGAUCAGCUACAUGAGGUUAAAGAAGGGGAAACAGAACACCAACCAAAGAGGAGCUCGGACACAAGUGCCCGAUCCAGAAGAGAUGGAGAAUGCUGCGCGCUCCAUGGCGGCGGCUUGGCCUCUGGCCUGGGCGGCCGUUGCCUCCAGCUGGGCCUCCUCGAGGUUUUUAGACCUCGUCGAGACGAUGUCGCCGGCAGGAAAGCGACGGUUGAAUCAGCACCUGCAGUCAGACUACGUCUUUCAGGACGAG